AUGACUAAGUCGUUCUCAUUCAAAAUUGUACGAUAUGUUGGUCCACAUGCAAGCAAUUGUUUAGGAGACAUAACAUGUGGAGACCAUCCUCUCAUUUCAUCAGAUUUCGUUGCUGAUCUUAUCGAGGAUUUCAUUAGGACUGAUCCUUCAUUCAAAGUUCAGUCCAUCCUUACUUUUGUGAAGAACCAAUAUCAAUUUUCAAUAACAUAUAAGAGAGCUUGGUUAGCAAAACAAAAGGCAAUCAGCAAUAUUUUUGGUGAUUGGGAGAAGUCGUAUCAAGAGUUACCGAGGUACUUGCAAGCCUUGAAAGAGUCCAAUCGAGGCACUGUCGUUUACUGGAGUACGAUCCCAACACAAGAUCCUACUACGCACAUCUUUAGGAGGGUCUUCUGGGCCUUUAAACCCUCCAUUUCCGGAUUCCGUCAUUGUCGGCCUCUUAUCACUAUAGAUGGUACUCACUUGUACGGGAAAUACAAAGGCAAAUUAUUGAUUGCUAUGGGAACAGAUGCUAAUUUCCAGCUAUUCCCACUUGCCUUUGCUGUUGUGGAGGAAGAAAGCACGGAGGACUGGGGUAUCCUUGCAGCUAUGAAUGAGCCUGGUAGUGGAUGGGAGGAACCAUAUGCACAUCACCGCUUUUGUGUGCGUCAUCUUGCUUCGAACUUGAAUUCGAAGUAUAAGAAUGCUGCCAUCAAGAACCUAUUCGGAAAAGCUGCAUAUGCUAGGCAGAAAAGGAAGUUUUUGUACUAUAUGGAUCGAAUUGGCUCCAUUAAUGUCGAGGCAGCUAGAUAUCUGUUGGACAUUCCCCUUCAUCUAUGGUCUCUACAUCAUGAUGGUGGGUGUAGAUAUGGUGUGCAAACCACCAAUGUCUGA